AUAAUGAAUCUGAAUAAAAUAGUAUAUAUAAUAUUUGUUUAGAAUGACUAUUUUUCAUUCAGUGAUUAUUAAGUGAUUGCCCAUGCUGAGCUGUCUGCAGAGGUCAGAGCACUGUAAAUACUAUUCUGACAAAGACGUAUUUCACACAGGUUGAAAUAUUAACAAGUUCAAUAGGAAGCUAGAGGGUUAUAUACAUGAAAGUAUUCUCUGAAAGCAAAUCUUAAUAAAAAGUCAAAGAGUGAGUCAAUGUUCAUUACCAGACAGUCCUUUAGAGGUUGCAUAAGAGGAAGCCAGCAGAACUGCUCUGCCAUGAGGACUAAUCAUAAACACAAAUGUCUUGAGCAGAUGGAUGCUGAGCUACUAGACUCAGGACCUUUCAAAAAAAAAAAAUGGGAAUGGUACAGCCUUCAGCUUUGCUCUUUGUCUCUUAUAACAAUGUAUUGAAGCUGUGUCUUUCAGUUGGCCCAGAUGCUUUGUUUUCCUUCUGAUUUAGAAACAAGCCUCACACCUUUGGCAUCAUUGAAAACAUCAGGCCAUAGGGAACCCCUGUACAUAACAUAGCUGCUUUUCUAUGAUUUCUCAUUUUUGCCCAUAUAAUUAGAGCACAGCCUAAAAUGCCUCCCAUGUUAUUUCUUAGGUACAUACCUAGAUCAUCACUCACAUCUUGUGUACGAAGAAGUUGGCACCUAUUUAUUUGUUACAGAGCUGUUGAUACAGAGCUGAAGUAAAAAAUUUCAGAAUUGAUUAACCCAGAUGGUAUUUGAUUAAGGAGUAAAUACAGCAAAACUCAUUAAGUCUGCAGGUACUGAGAGCCUGGUGUCUUUUUGCUUGUCUCUCUGAGUCUUUGGGAGAGAAAAUCAUUCAAAACUGUUAUGUGAAUCCCUGUGUCAUACAGUUUUAAUUUCCUUUUUUUGUUUUAAUCUCAGGUUCUACAACAGCUGAAGCAAACAUUUUCCAUCAGGCACUUCUUGAAGGAAAUACUGCUAUGGAAGUUUCCCUAACAGUAUUAGAUACCAUAUCAUUUUUCACUCAGUGUUUCAAGAGUCAACUUUUAAAUAAUGGGGGCCACAACCCAUUAAUGAAAAAACUAUUUGAUAUUCAUCUUGCUUUUCUUAAAAAUGGGCAGUCUAAAGUGUCGCUGAAACAUACCUUUGCCUCACUGUGAGCAUUCAGUAAUUAGGUAGGGAAGAAAUCUUUGUGGCUUCAAGUGGCCUUGCUUCAUGGUAAGAAAGAUCGGGGGAGUAGGGUCUCCAAACCUCAGAUGGUGAAACCAGUAAAUCCUGCCUUUGUAAACAUUAAUACAGAACAGCAAACUAAAGAAAGAGGACCUGACUACUGAUUCCCUAAAAUCAGCACGUGCUUUUAAUUUCAUCAUGUAAUAUACCUUUUUUGUUGUUGUUGUUGUUCAGUAGGCUGCUUUGGGGAGUAUCAUUUAAAUAUUACCAAUUGCCACUCUUUCUUCUCUUUGGCUUCUUUUUAAAGUACUUAAAGUAUUAUCAUGCUGAAGAUAUGUAAGCUGUGAGUGUGGCCAUGUAUAAGCACUUUGAAAGCAGAGACCACUUAUAAAGUCCCCGGGCCUUGUAUGAUCUCUUGCAAGUGUUUCCCUCAGCCUUUUUCAAAGGAAGGGUAAACAUGUGUGCUGCAUUUUGCUAUGAGGUUUUAAAGUGCUGCAUGUCAAAGAUUAGCUCAACCAGGAAUGAAGCCUGUGUGCUUUUGUAUCUUCUGAUGAGGAACAACUUUGAGUACACCAAAAGGAAAACCUUUUCAAGGACACAUCUGCAGAUAAUAAUUGCUGUAAGCCAGCUGAUAGCAGAUGUAGCACUAAGUGGAGGAUCGAGAUUUCAGGAGUCUUUAUUCAUUAUCAAUAACUUUGCAAACAGUGACAGACCUAUGAAGGAAGUUUUGCUGGAAUUGCUAGAACAAUGUGUGCAUGGCUUAUGGAAAGCAGAGCGUUAUGAAGUAAUUUCUGAAAUUUCCAAGUUGAUCAUUCCAAUUUAUGAGAAACGUCGAGAGUUUGAGGUAAAUGUCAAAGAGCUUGAUCCCAAAUAUGCUCAUAUCCAAGUCACUUAUAUGAAGCCCUACUUUGAUGAUAAAGAACUCACAGAAAGAAAAACUGAGUUUGAAAGAAACCAUAAUAUCAAUAGGUUUGUUUUUGAGGCUCCUUAUACAUUGCCAGGCAAAAAGCAAGGCUGUAUAGAGGAACAGUACAAAUGCCGUACAAUCUUGACUACUUCAAACUCGUUUCCAUAUGUGAAGAAGAGGAUCGCUAUAAACUAUGAACAGCAGAUUAAUUUAAAGCCAAUUGAUGUUGCCACUGAUGAAAUAAAAGAUAAAACUGCAGAGCUGCAAAAGCUUUGCUCCUCUGCUGACGUGGACAUGAUUCAGCUCCAACUUAAAUUGCAGGGCUGUGUUUCAGUGCAGGAAGUUCAUCCAAGCAUGCAGCAUUGCACUGGAACUAAAUGAGCGGCUGAUUAAAGAGGAUCAGAUUGAAUACCAUGAAGGGCUCAAGUCAAAUUUCAGAGACAUUGUGAAAGAAUUGUCUGACAUUAUUCAUGAACAGAUAAUAUAAGAAGACCCAAUGCAUUCUCCCUGGAUGAGCAACACAUUACAUGUAUUUUGUGCGAUUAGUGGUACAUCGAGUGACCGAAGUUAUGGUUCCCCAAGAUACACUGCUGAAAUAUGAGGACAUGCAGAUGUCAAGUGACAACAAGACAACUUUCUCAGGAAUAUUUGGAGCUGUGCAAAUGUUAAAAAUUUAAAGAUUUGUUAUACACAGAGUGUUUCCUCCUGACACCAAAACCUUCAUGCUUUCAUACAGGGUGCUUACAUAUUUGUAAAUAUUUAAGCAACUUGAAAGUGCCUGGAAAAUUGCACCACUGUGCUUAGUUUGUACUUUUUUAGGUAAAUCAAUAUACUGAGAAGUAGAGCUCAAAACCUUAAUUUGAUUUGCUUACUUGUUACUUAAAAUAUUAAUGGCACUGUGUAAAAUGGUAUAAUGGCACUCAAAAGGUAAAACUUUUUUUAAUUAGAAGUGAAGGAAAUAAUACUUUGAACUUAGCAUUUUUCUUGACAGGAAGCUAAAUUCAUUAUUAUACUAGUCCUUGGAGAAAAAAACUGAUAAAUUUUUCACGAAACAUGGAUACUUCCAACUGAGGAGAUAAUUUGAAACCUUGCCUUCGAGUGGUCUAGACUGGGCUAAAGGAAACAGAAGCAUUAUGUGAAAAGGAAAGUUUCACAAAGAAAGGAUAUGUAUAUAGAAAUACCAGGCUUACCAGUCCUUCAAGUUUUGAUCCAAUGAUGCUAGGUAUUCCAGUCAGUGGUCUCUCUAACAUAAAAGGCAAGGGAUUCCUUUGUGUCCUGUGUUUGCCUAGCAAGCAGCCUUUGUUGCCAAAGCUUCAUCAGCUGAGGCUGUCCAUAAAGCUAAACAAACAUCUCUGAGAUUUGCAGUUACUUCUAAGUUUAUCAGCAGAGUCUGAGGGUAGGGAUUUUGUAAUGAUGACUUUCUUCAGUUUACAAGGUUAAUAAGGAUUUUGAUAGAACUUGAUGAUCACAGCAUUUCUUGGGUCAGUAUCCAUAACCACCAUGUUUUUAGCAGCUGCUGGCUAAGGAUUGCAUCUCUAACUAUGAAGAAACCUCAGAUUAACUAAAUAAUUCAGGAGAAACCAAGAUGUGAAGGACAUUUUCACCUUGAACUAUCCAUAAAAUUUUGGCUGCCUUUCAUGUAAACAUUAAGUCCUAGAUUUAUUUUUCAUAUGUAGUUUAGCCUAUCUUAUAGACAUUAAAAAAAAAAAAAAAGAAAACAGACACUGAAAUAUAAGUGGAUUGCAUGGAGCUUUGGCUUUUUAAAUACUCUGUGAUCAAGUAAAUCUUAGAGAUCAUUAUGCACCUGUCUUGGGCAUAUUUCUUUACAUGUUAUUUUUAAGCUUUCAGGGGAGCAUGAAAUUACUUAUAAAAGAUUAAUUUUGUAUUUUAAUAAGGGAUUCAGAAAUUCCUUAAUAUCUUGGAGUCACGUGAAGAGUUAGUUUCACCUUUAAAACUAUUAUAUGUGGCACAUAUAUGUAAAAAAAACUGUCACCCAGAGAGAGUGCUGCCUUCUGAGAAUGAGGCAUCUUAGGGAAACUUGAGUGCUCUUUUGUCAAUGACCAGUCCCUAUCCUAUCCCCCAGUAUAUACUGUGCCCUGUGGGUCAUUUUAAAAAGUGUAACAAAUGACCUGCCCUCAAGGAAGUUGCAGUCUAGUUGAGGUGGCAAGAUAGACAUGAAAUUAAAUAAUACAAGAAUUAACAGUAUAAGACAAGAUAAGUUGUCUAUGAGGACUGCCAAAUGAAUGACACUGUCCAUAACUCAUAUCAUAUUCAAGGGAUGAGAAGCUGCUGUGAGUGUGAAUGUUCAGGGAUGACUUCAUGGAGAAAGGAAAGCCUUGAAUGGGCUUUCAAAGAUGAGAAGCUAUUCUAGGCAGGAGGACCAUCACGCGCAAAGGUGUAGAAAGAUUUUGUAAAAGUUCAGGGUACUGGUGAAAGGACCAGUUUUGUUCAAGGGAGUAGUGGAUGCUAAAUCUAGAAAGACUAUUUAGACCUAGAUAUUGGAAAGCCUUGAAUACCAGGAUAAUAGUAUUUUGACUUUACUCAAGAACAGGAGGAAACCAGUCAAGGUUUUUGAAUGGAGAGAUUACUUGACUAAAUAUUAUUUUCAUGAAUGUAAUCCUUUAUAUUGCUGCCAGAUACCUUUGAGUCUGAGAGAGAUGGACGUAUGGAAACCAGUUAGAUAGUUAUUGCAGUAAUCUAAUGAGUCCAUAAGCCCAUAGAUGUGAACAAGAAUGGAGAAAAAGGACAAGUGCAAGAGAUACUAUGUGGAAAGAUUGGGCAUGACUUAUUGAUGGCUAAGGAGAAAAAAGGAAAAGCUAAAGAAAAUUUUGUGUCCUGUGGCCAAUGAGUUCUCCAGGUCAUGGCAAAAUUUUAUGGGAUUAUUUUCACCAGCUUCCAAACUGAGGGUAGAAAGGUAUAUAGAGACAACACGGUGGGUUAGACUAGAGAAAGCCACUAAGUAUGCCUUGAAACACUGUGCAUGUUAGGUAUUACUGUUUAUAUAGUUUAAUGAUUUCAUGAAGUGAUUUGGCCUCUACAGAUGAAUUCACAUCAAGAAUACAUUUCUGCUAUACUGAUUAUUUUUGCAAUUAAGCUUGACUCCAGGUUCCCUGGAAACUACUGUUUUGAUAGUCUCUGAGCAGCUUGUAAACUGUGAAUAAAGUCAGCAUAGUGGUGUUAGCUUAUCACAAGAAUGAUAACCCACAGAGAAAGCAAGCAAUUCCAUGCAGGUUUUCUGAGUAACGAGCGCACCAAUGGCAUCAUGUCCAUAGAUGGUAUUGUUAUUGUUACCAUAUUUAUAUGAAUUGACUGCAUAUAUAAAUACUGUAUCUUUUUAAAAAUGAAACAGCAGCAGUGGUAGCAACAGCCUUGGAACUGUGACCAACAUAUCGUAGAACUAGAGAUGACUCACUGGUUAAUUAACAAACUAAAUAGGUCAGCAUGAUACAAACCCAAGCCUUUGAUUAUAAAUACUAGUCUAUCUGUAAUGCAGAACCUGAGCAAUGUAUUGAAAUCUUAGGAGUUUCCUAACUCUUGAAAAUCUUAAUAAUGAGAUACAUAUUUCAGGCUUCUCAUACACAAAAUGGUGGGCUGCCUUCAGUCUUCUAGUAACGGUACACUAUACUUCACUAUCAAAACACAGGGAGAGGAGUAGAGUAAAAGACGAUUAGGGGUGGGGAAUGGGUUUGUAUCACAGGACUAUUCCCCUGUCCUGGAAGUUGACCAGUAAGAGUGCUUUGUUCAUCUUGUUCCAGUGACAAUGCUUUCUUUCUAGUCCCUAGCCACAUAAUGGUUCCUCUAAGAAAAGUGUAUAUGUAUGUUUAUCCAGCUCCAGAUUGACGUUGCGACUAAAUUCUUCAAAGAUUGUGCCUCUAUGUAUGGCAUCUUAAGACUUUUUCCAACAUACUUUCUUGUCUUCUGUUUUCCUCUUUGUUAAGCUGUAAUUUGUACACCAUGCAAUUCACCCAUUUAAAACUCAAAUUCUGAAGUUUUUAGUGUAUUCACAGUUGUGUGACCAUCGCCACAAUUAAUUUUAGAAUAUUUUCAUCACUUCCAAAGGAAACCCUAUACUCAUUAUCAGUCACUCCCAUUGCCCACCUACCAGUCCCCAGCCCCUGACAAUCAGUAAUCAACUUUUCUGUAUCUAUAGAUUUGUAUCCUGGACAUUUCUUAUAAAUGGAAUCACAUACUGUGUGGCCUUCUGUGACUAGCUUCUGUCAUUUAGCAUGAUAUUUUCAAGGUUCAUCCAUGUUGUAACUUGUAUUAGAAUUUCACUCCUUUUAAUGGCUGGAUAAUAACUCCUUUUGUAUGAAUAUGUCAUAUUUUGUUUGUUUAUCAGUUAAUGAACAUUUGGUUUGUUUUUGCUUUUUGGCUAUUGUUGAUAAUGUUGCUAUGAACAUUCGCCUACAAGUU